GCUGUGAGCCUCGUCUGCAAAUAUUCAUCCGAGAGGAGACAGAGAGAGCGGUCGGUCUGCAGCGCGUCUCACCAACAGAAUCAACCUUUAAACAUCAACUCGUCUGCAGCGUCAACACAGACGACCCUGCAGGACUCCCCCUCCCUGACACCAUGAGCACGCAUCUCGAGCUGAAGGAUGUUCACCUGAGAAUCGGAGAUCAGCUGACAGUGAAGGGAGAAGUUCUGCACGAUGCUGAGAGAUUCCAGAUCGACCUGGGCCGUGACGAAAACGACCUGGCGCUGCACUUUAACCCCCGUUUCCAUGACGACGCCGACGGAGCUGUGCUCGUGUGUAACUCAAAGUGUGCUGGAAGCUGGGGAGACGAGAUCCGGGACGUACACAACCCUCUGCAUCGGGGCUCCGAGGUGAAGAUCGUGUUGAAGAUGUGUGGAGACGUGUUCGAGGUGACCCUCCCACACGGACACGAGCUCCAGUUUCCAAACCGAGAUGGCGUGGAUCUGAUCAGCUACGUCCGAAUUAAGGGAGACUUCAAAGUGACCUCCUUCAAGAUCUGCUGAGGGACCAAAGUGCGGCUGCUCGAGUUGACCAAUCAGAGCUGGGGG